GAAGGUGGUGAGAAGGACAAAGGUGGACGAGUAACAUUAAGCCAACUGAGCAGAGAAAUGUGACUGUGUUGCAGUUACGUUUGCAUUCAACACUCUCAACUCGCUCACUAACUCACUCACUUAACCCAAUUCCCAAUGCUUCUCUAUCUUUAACCCUCAAAAACCCACCUCUUCUAAUUUCUACCCACACUUCACCCUUUCUUUUUUACUAAAUCCAAACACUAAUCUAAUAAUUUUCUUAUCCGUAAAAUUGAAAAUUAUUUUACUCACUUUUUUAUUUCCGAUUAUGAUCAUCGCUUAACAUCUACUCGGCAGUGUAUUACUGGAGCUGUUUGACAAUUUUAAAAUCAAUUCAAGAUAGAAAAUUGCUGGUCCAGACUUGUCUAUGGAUCAGCCUACUCUAACCGUAGACGAAAAUGUGGUUGAUUCUUCGCGGGUUGUUGCUGCUGGUUCAUUAAGGGUUGAGAAUUCACUUAAUGCUUGUCCCUCUCAAGCAACACCAUCACUCUCUCAUGCAGGUAAUGGAAAUAUUGGUGGCACCUGGAGCACAUACUUUCCAGAUGUUAACGGUGGACAUCUAGAAAUUGAUCCUUAUGGUGUUUAUAGUGACUCUUCAUCAUUUCCAUUUCAUGGUCAUGGGUAUGCUCCUCAAAUGCCGCAAAGACCAUUUGCCUCAUUCGCAACACCACCCCCUUCUGGAAGCUGGCAUGGCCAGCUAUAUAAUGUUCGAGAGUUACCAAACUCUGAUCCUUCUUGCUACCAGCAACAUAUUUCACAAAACUCUCCACAUAUUGCAUCAAGAACCUCAGGCUCUCAUGCCAAGUUACCAGUUAAUUUCAAUCAUCAAGGAGAUGGUAACAGAUUUGCGCUACAAUCAGGUUAUUUUCCUACAGCAGGAUUUGGUCGAGGAAAUGGCUAUUCGGGAGACUCUGGAGGCUUAAAUUUUUUGCAGCAGGGAUUUGAUGAGUUUGAAAGCAGUCGGUUGUGGUCAGAUUGGUCAAAACCCGGGAACGGGAAGGGCUCUUUAAUGCCUUUUGCGUCAUCAACAGCUGGUUCAAAACCAAUUAAUUCAUUAGGUUUUUCUGCAAAUCAUUUUGGAACGGCAUCUCAACAAAAAGAGUCCUUCUAUGGCCUUGGAUCUCGUUUGGCCUCUAGCUUUAAAAGCUAUCCUCAGGGCCAAACUACUCGGAAUGCUAGCUACGGCGUUUCCUCUUCUAUGAUUGGAAUAAAUGGUCAGAGCUGGCCCACACUUCAUGAAGCAAGACAAGGGGGGAGGUGCAAUGACUUUGGUUGCAGUUGUAAUGUUGCACUUGAUGCACUAGGUGAGCGAAAUAGAGGACCUAGGGCAUUCAAGCCAAGAAGUCAGACAGCGGGAAAUGAACCUGCUAUUGAUGAUCCUAGGAGUAUAGCUGUGGAUGUUUAUAACGAGUCGUACAACUGCCUAGAAUUUGUAAUUGACUACAAGGAUGCAAAAUUCUUUGUUAUCAAAUCUUAUAGUGAAGAUAAUGUGCAUAAGAGCAUAAAAUAUGGUGUUUGGGCAAGCACCCCAAAUGGCAACAAGAAAUUAGACGCCUCUUAUCAUGAGGCAAAGGAGAAACAUGGCACCUGUCCUGUCUUCCUGUUGUUUUCGGUGAAUGCUAGUGCUCAGUUUUGUGGAAUCGCUGAGAUGGUUGGGCAUGUGGACUUUGACAAGAGUGUUGAUUACUGGCAGCAGGAUAAGUGGUCUGGACAGUUUCCUGUCAAGUGGCAUAUCAUUAAAGAUGUUCCUAACAGUCAGUUUCGCCAUAUUGUGCUUGAAAAUAAUGAUAACAAGCCAGUUACUAACAGCAGAGAUACUCAGGAGGUGGAACUGGAACACGGGAUUGAGAUGUUAAAAAUAUUUAAGAACUAUGAAAGUCAUUCAUCCAUCCUGGAUGAUUUUCAUUUCUAUGAGGAGAGGCAGAAAGUGAUGCAAGCAAGGAAGUCGAGACAGCAAGCUAGCCCCGUGCCCACUUCAGUAACCGGGGACAGUGACCAAUAUCCUGCGUCAAUUUCUAGUGAUUACGUAAAGAAAUUGACAAAGAGCUUCGCUCAAGCUGUUUCUUUCAAUUAGAAUGGAGCAAAGUUGUCCACGACCUAUCUGCCUCAAAGGACCGCCUCAACAGACCGUAUGAAAACAGAAGCUGACAGAGACAGCUUAUCCAGCUAAUGAUGAUAGGUAGGAAAUUUAUUUUAGGUAUGUUGAACAGGAAGGUUUUAACUUGACAAUACCUCUUAUUCCCUGGAUUUCUUUCUAUUUAUUUAAUCUUAUAUACAUUUGAAUUUACUCGGAGAUAAUUUGGAUUGUUUUAUAAGAUUGAUAACAUUCCCAUGACAUAAAAUAUUGAUAUUUAUGCUUUA